AUGAGCCAACAAGAACCUCAAGUCAAGAAAGAAGUAACUGUUAAGAAUGAAAGUACAGGCAACUCACUAGCUAAGAAUGGAUCUCCGUCACCAUCAAAAUCGGAGGAAUGGCAAACAAUACCUUUAAAGUCAUGCGGUCCCGAAGAAAUCGAAGAUGUUAGAGUACACUUGAUGAAAUUUGCUACAAAACAGGAUGUGGAUAUUGUAAAAGAUUUUGAGAAACCUGUAAGACUUCACAGGAAGGAUCCUAGAAAUAUGCAGUUUCACCUUACCCGACAGGAAUUGGAUCAAAGGCGAAAGGAGAAGGAGGAAGCUGAAAAAGAAAGACUUCAACGUGAAGCGGAAGAAGGUGCAGAAGGAGGCGAAAAAUCAAGCUCCGCACAGGGGACGCACCCUGAUUCACAGAAUGAUCCCAACUAUAACAAAAACCUGGCUGAUAUGUCACAAGUAGCCCCAGACGGUGGUGCUCGUAAGAACAAAAAGAAGUUGUUUAAACGGAAGACAAAGCAGAUAAACCUAAUGGAUGAAGCAAAAAGGAAAUUGCGAUACGAAGAGCAUUACCCAUGGGUUAUUGAAGAUUAUACUGGUAAAAAUGUCUAUGUUGGGAAUUAUGAGGCCGGGUCGACAGAACUGCAACAUGUAUUAUUUGUCUUUGACAAGGAUGGCUUUAAAAUGAUACCAGCAGAAAAAGUCUACAGGUUUACACCUAGAAACAGAUAUGCUACUUUAACACUAGAGGAAGCGGAAGCCAAGAUGGAAAAGAAUUCAAGUGUCCCAAGAUGGUUAAUGAAACAUAUGGAAAAUGACUCUAUAGCAGAGGGUUCACCUGACCAAAGAUUUCGAAACAACUCCCCAUCGGCAAAUGGAAGAGUUAUCAGCAACGGAGGUACGCAAAAUAGACGUAUGAGGACAGUGAUGGGAGGAGACUCUCGCUCCGUUGAGGAGAGAGAUUCUGAUCAUGACGAUUUAGAUUUUGAGGAGGAAUUCGCCGACGAUGAGGAGGCACCUAUCAUGGACGGGGAUGAAGAGGAGAACAAAAUGUCGGAGAAAAAGAUAAAGAAAGAUAUGUUGAAAGCUUCGGCAUUCAAAACGGAAAAUGAUGAUGAUGAUGAUGAAGAUUAUGACCUAGACGACUUGUUUGAAACAGAAAAGUCAAGAAAAGUGGAUAAAGAAGGUAAGAAGUUGAGAAAAGUCUUGAACAAAAGAGAGGGAGGUAUUUAUGACAGUGACGACGAAGAACAAGGAAUGAUGCCUUAUUUAUCUAAAUCAGAUUUGGAAAGUGAAGAAGACAGUGACGAUGAGACAAGGGUCAACGUGAAAGAAGAGCCAACGGAGAAUGCUCUUACAGGUGAGACGCAGAAAUUGGGCAUUAGAAACUUUGUGGUGUCAUCAAUAGCCGAUGGAUUUGUCGUGAUGAAAGCACCAAAAGAAUUCCUCUCUACUUUGCCUCUUGGUGAAUGGAAUCCCAAUGUUCCUAAACGCUCCACUCCAGAACCUUCAUCUCCAAGAAAGAAAAUGAGAUUGGAUGAAAAUCAAUCAGUAGUGACAAUUAAGAAAGAGCCAUCUCCAGUCGCUACCUCAGUUCCAGGCUCGCCUGUUGACACCAAUGCAAUGGCUGAUUUAAACGACGCAGGUCCAAACAAUUUAUUAGUAACUAUUGACGAUGUGUUGACUAUUGUAAGAGACCACCCAUUAACAACAAGGGAGCUUUUGGGUGGUUUAAAGAGUAGAAUCAGUGCACAUCCGGAUAAUAAGCAGAGGAUCAUUGCUAUUGUUAAGCUGAACUUGAGGUUGGUUGAUGGAAAAUUGGUACUCAAAAAUUGA